AUGGUCAAUGCGGAUGGACAGGUUACGGGUGCUAAUCUCGAGACCCUGGUUGAGAACUUGACUUUGCACAAGAAAGCACCAGAUGUUCUUUUUCUACGUGCAUUUUUUUACAACUUUCGCCUAUUCACCGAUCCUGUUGAACUGCUCCAAUUGUUCAUCAAACGAUUCCACCUCAGCCCUCCCUCAAACCCACCUCUCAACGAAGAAGAGCUCAAGAUUUGGUCUACCAGUGUUAGGCUGCCUGUUCAACUGAGAGUCUGCAACGUAAUCAAGAUCUGGCUGGAAACAUAUUUUUCUCACGACUUUGACAUGUGCAUCAAAAGCCUUGUAUUUGAUUUCAUUGAAAAGGAUAUAAAAAAGGUACACCCAAGUUCGGCAAAUCGUCUUCGUGAGCAUGCAAACCGUACAGUAAGUUUAUCUUCUGGUUCUCAUAUAUCCCUCUCGUCUGGAUCCUCUCUCUUCUCUGGCCUGACCUUGUUUGAAGAGCAUUCAGAAGUUUCUUCCUUUAACACCCAGCUACCACCGUCUGUUAUCACCCGAUCGCUUCGAAAUAUCUUGCGCAAGACUCCCAGCGAAAGUUUGCUGCAGAGUGUACACGUCAAUGAUUUUGACCCUCUUGAACUAGCCCGACAGCUCACACUUAUGGAGAAUUCUUUGUUUUGUAAGAUCCGUCAUAAUGAGAUGAUUGGCCAGGAAUUCAAGAAGAAGGGGGCAGUUAGUACAGCAGCCAAUGUCAAGGCCAUGAUUCAAAAAAGCACUCAGGUUACAAGCUGGAUUUCUGAUUCGAUCCUGCGUGAUUCAGAUCCAAAGAAGCGCUCACAUAUUAUUAAAUUUUGGAUCAAGGUUGGAGAUUUUUGCCUCCAGCUGAGCAAUUACAAUACAUUGAUGGCCAUCAGAUCUGCACUAUCAUCAACCAGUAUCUCACGCCUAAAGAAAACAUGGGAGUAUGUAUCUGGAAAAUACAAGACGAUGUAUGAGCAAAUAUAUCGGGCCACAGAUUCACAGCGCAAUUUUGCGGAAUAUCGUCAACGGCUGACUGCAUCGAUUGCACCAUGUCUACCUUUUUUGGGAGUCUACUUGACUGACAUGACAUUUAUUGACGACGGCAAUUCGAAUCAUCGGACGUCUCCCAAUGGAACACAGUUGAUCAAUUUUGAUAAAUAUAUCAAGACCACCCGAGUAUUGAGUGCAAUUGACCAAUUCCAGAUUCCAUAUCGCCUUGCCCUGGUAGAAGAAAUCCAGCUAUACCUCAAACAUAGUCUGGAGAAUGUAGAAAUAGAUGAUCAAGCUUUCUAUUCACGAAGUCUUCAAAUCGAACCUCGUGAAGAAGAGCUUGAUAUCCGUAGCGUUGUAAGUGUCUUGGCUGGCACUGACCGUUAA